AUGGUGGCCUCACGGCUUCUCUCCACUCUCACUUUCGGGCUUCUCAUUAAAGAGACUAGCACAUGGACUUACCACUUCUCUGCAGAAAACAUGACUUAUGAUGAGGCCAGUGCUUAUUGUCAGCAAAAUUACACGCAUCUGGUUGCAAUCCAAAAUAAAGAAGAGAUUGAUUACUUAAACUCCAUAUUGGACUAUUCGCCCAGUUAUUACUGGAUUGGAAUCAGAAAAGUUAACAAUGUGUGGAUCUGGGUAGGGACCCGCAAGCCUCUGACGGAAGGAGCCAAGAACUGGGCUCCAGGUGAACCGAACAAUAAGCAAAACAAUGAGGACUGCGUGGAGAUCUAUAUCAAGAGACCCAAAGAUACGGGCAUGUGGAAUGAUGAGAGAUGCAGCAAAAAGAAACUUGCCUUGUGCUACACAGCUGCCUGUACGGAAGCAUCCUGCAGUGGCCAUGGCGAAUGUAUAGAGACCAUCAACAACUAUUCUUGCAAGUGCUACCCCGGCUUCAGUGGACUCAAGUGUGAGCAGGUUGUGACCUGUGAAGCACAGGUACAACCUCAGCACGGGAGCCUGAAUUGUACCCACCCUUUGGGGAACUUCAGCUACAAUUCUUCCUGCUCUGUCAGCUGUGAAAGGGGCUACCUGCCAAGCAGCACGGAGACCACAUGGUGUACAUCCUCAGGAGAGUGGAGUGCUCCCCUUGCAACCUGCAAAGUGGUCGAGUGUGAUACUAUGGGAAAGCCUGCCAACGGGGAUGUAAAAUGUUCCCCAAGCCAGGGAAGCUCCCCAUGGAACACGACCUGCACAUUUGACUGUGAGGAAGGAUUUACACUGCUGGGAGCUCGGAGCCUCCAGUGUACCUCAUCGGGGAGCUGGGACAACGAGAAGCCAACUUGUAAAGCUGUGUCAUGUGACGCCAUCCACCACCCUCAGAAUGGCUUGGUGAGCUGCAGCAACUCCUCUGAAGGGAAGUUCACCUUCAGGUCAUCCUGCAACUUCACCUGUGAGGAAAACUUCCUGUUACGGGGGCCGGCCCAGGUGGAAUGCACUGCACAGGGCCAGUGGACCCAGCAAGCCCCAGUGUGUGAAGCUUUCCAGUGUAUAACCUUGUCCAGCCCUGAGUGACACUAUGUGAAUUGUCUUCUUAGUGCUUCUGAAAGUUUCCAGCCAUGAAUUAAUCUGUGAGCAGAGCAGGGAGUUUUGUUGAAGGGAACAAAAAGGCUCCAGUGUGGCUCCACAGUGGACAAUGAGAAGCCCACAUGUGAAAGGCAUGCUGUGAAAUGUGAUCCUGUGCACACACUUGAGGAUGGCUUUGUGGAGUGUACUCAUCCCCAUACCGGAGAAUUCACCUACAAGUCCUCCUGCAUUUUCAACUGCAGGGAAGGCUUUGAAUUACAUGGGUCAGCUCAACUCGAGUGCACAUCUCAGGGACAGUGGGCACAGGAGCUCCCCUCCUGCCAAGUGGUACAAUGUCCAAGCCUGGCAGUUCUGGGAAAGACCAAUGUGAGUUGCAGUGGGGAGCCUGUGUUUGGAACAGUGUGCAAUUUUGCAUGUCCUGAAGGGUGGACACUCAACGGCUCUGCAGCUCUGAUGUGUGGUGCCGAAGGCCACUGGUCUGGGAUGCUGCCUACCUGUGAAGCACCCAUUGCGUCCAAUGUUCCCUUGGCAGUUGGGCUUUCUGUUAGUGGAACCUCCUUCCUGACGUUAACCUCAUUUCUCCUUUGGUUUCUGAAGUACUUUCGGAAAAAAGCAAAGAAAUUUGUUCCUGCCAGCAGCUACGUAGGCCUUGAAGCACAUGGAAACUGCCAAGUGCCUUCUCACCUCAUUUAA